GCGCGUAGGGUUCGUCUCUCAAAUGCUUCCUUUAGAAAAGUGAAUGUUCAGAAUUUGUAGUUGCUUUUCCGAGCGAUACAAGUAGAAGUGAAAAUCUCACUUCUGCCUUUUCCAUUCUCCUCCCUGCGCUCAACAGUUCAAAAAAAGUGAUAAUUCCGCUCUUGCUUUUUCGAGAGGUUUCUCAGACUGGGCUGUUUUCGUAUUGACUCACUGUGAGAUGGCUUUGUUUCAGUGCUGAAUUCAGAAGGUUUGUGUGUGCAAUCUGUAACUGCCUGCUGUUUGGAAGAUUACUUCUGCAUCCACUGCCAACCUGCACUAAUGGUGUGUAAACCUACCAAGGUUCAGACAACUGUUUGCUAGAUCCUUUUUGCUUCAUAAAUCCUAUAUGAACUGUGGUACUGUAUUGUCAUGCGUGAAAGAGACUGACAUUCCCCAGAAAACCAUCCUAAUUUAAGGUAAGUUUAGUGGCUUCCUCAUUGGACCUCAAAAUGUUUGUUCAAACAGUCUGAAGUUCAGAAGGAUCUGUUUUUUGUUUUUGUUGUUUGUUGAGUUUUGUUUUAAAGAAGCCCCAAUCCUUUGGGUCUGAAUUCAGAUUUCCGAAAGUGUCCAAAUGAGUUACAUGACCAAAACAUCUCAGUGUAUCAGCCUGUGUACUUCAUGACAUAGAAUUAAUGCAGUUUGCAGAAUCUGAAAUGCUCAGUUUGCUUUAAGAUUUUAUUGUAUUCAAAAUGGCACCAUGAUUUUAAGAAUUAAUUGUUACAAUGGAAAGUCCAACUGUAGCUUUAAGUAUGUGGGAAAUUUGAAAAACGUGCUUGAAGCUGCUUCCCCUAAGACACCUUACAGACAACUUUGUGUUGUUUUCAUUGUUGUUGUUGUUGUUUUUUUACUUUUGUCUUUGACUCUCUCACCCUCUGCUAUUGCUCCAGCAUUUUGUCCACUGAAUUCUUUUGUAGAGACAGAAUCAUUGUCUUUAUAUUAUCUCCCCAGUUCUUUCAGAAAAUUAAAGACCUUAUUCUGUUCCUUGAAGAAUAUUUAUGGUAGCUGAAUUUCACCUAAAUUAUUUCAUUAUUUUUCCUCCUUGGUGUUUCACUGAAGAGUACUGCCAACCAUGUGACUCAAAUACAAAUACUGCUAGCCAGGGCAAACUCAUCAGGUCCAGCAACAGCAUGAGAUGAAGACUAAGGCUGUGUAUUUUACUUGUUAUUUGUAGCCAACAAUCUCAAACCUGGUUAUUAUUAAGUAGCUUGGAUCAGACUUUGUUUUUUCAUCCCUGUUCCAAGAAUCAAGGGCUAUACUAUGCAUUCAUCAAAACAUCAAUUUUGUGCUGAUGUGAUGUGCCAACAAAGAAUGGGAUUUAGCAUUAAGAUCUGGUGAUAGGUAAUUUGUCUUAAUGUAGUGGAUCAUGGUUUCAUUGUCUGUGACAAUUGUAUUUGUUCUAGCUGUGAAAGGAUGAAAAAUGAAAAAAAAAAACAAGAAAUAAAAAUAAAGAGAUUAUUCUUUUUCCCUGUAAAAUAUGACAAUUUGAAUCUCCAUGUGUAGAAGGGAACCAAAACCACGUCUGAGUGUAUGGCUCCUUAAAGUUGCUUGUUGCACAACUUCUUUUUAGCUUUCUGAAUUGGGAUCCGUCUACCAGUCAGUCUGAAUAAAGGGAUGUGAAAUAGUUCUUUCAUUUCCUUACAGUUAUUUGUGGGAUGAUGGCACACUUGUAAUGAGUUGUGGGGUGAGCAACUACAUAUCUUGAUGUCAUUCUGGAAUAGUGCUUGAAAUACAGUAGUCUACUGCAUCCUGCUACUUUAUAUCAUGGAAAAUUUCUGGCUGUAAAUUUCAGGCAGGUGUCUUACAACAGUAAGUAUGUAUCUUCUCAAAUUGCAAAAGUUUUAGGUUAAAAAGACAAAUAAAUGGGAUGCUCAGAGAGAUUACUUUUGAUAGCUGUGUGUGAAAAACCUCUCUUGAGUACGUGUCAUAUUUGUACGUGCAUGUUCAUGUUGGUGACUAAGGACAUUUGUACUGGCUGAAUUCAGCAUCUAUGCUUUCUGCCUUGUUAGCAAAACAGAAGCAUGGUCUUAGGUCUGGCUCUGCCCUUGUUCGCCCUUGUUGAAAACAUUAGCUUUCUCAGCUGGUACAUACCUGUUCAAUAGAUGAAAAUGUAAAACAAAAUUGUAGACCUCCCUGUUUUCCAGGAGGCUAAAAUUAGACACCAGGAUGUCUGAUCUAUCAACAUUGUGCUAUUCUCCUAGAAAAUUAGCUGUGUUUCUGUAAGGUCCUGCCUGUACUGGAUUGGAAUCUAACUCUAAAUGCUUCUAAAAGAUUGUCUGUUUAAUCAGGAAUACAAAGGACAUUUAAUGAUCAUGAAAAUGGAGGAAGGAAACUCGUCAUUGCUUUCUGAAUUUGAAAUAAAACUUGCCAAGGAAAACCUAGAUACAUUACCUGAUACACGAAAAUACCUGUUAUGUUGUGGUGAAUUGUGAGUCUGUUUUCCUUAGGCUUUCAGUGUGACCAGGAAGAACUGAGUUUCAUUCUUCUGGAGAAAAAGUGAGAAGUAACUCAAGGAAAUGACUCUCAUAUUUUUUUUGUUAUUUUUUAUCACUGAAACAGCCACAGAGAAGCUGUGUCCUCUUCGUGCCUCCAUUGAUGUACUAGAAGGGGAGUAUUUUUUCCUUUGUUUUCCUGAGUCAAAACGACAGCAUUCUUGGAAAGAAGAAUACACAAUAAACUGGUACAAAGAAAGUGCUGGAAGGCAGAAUCGAAUAAAGGAAACACACAGAAUUGUAUCCCAAAUGAAUUUUCUGGAGUUUUGGCCAACUGAACUUGGUGACUCUGGGAGUUACUUUGUCACUGAAAGCAAUGGAAAACAAAAUUUCACAAUUCAAAAGUGGACCUUGAAUGUACUUGAAAGAAAUAAAAGCAGCUGUUUCAAUCAAAAUCAUUUAACAACUGAAAAUCAAAAUGCUGGAACUGGUCAUUCAUUGAAAUGCAGUGAUCUGUCUGUCAAUGAAAAUGACAGCAUAACAUGGUAUAAGGACUGUAAGAACUAUGAAAAUCAAAGGGAACGGGAACUGGAUUUUAAAACCUUAACAGUUCAGCACUCUGGUAUAUAUACCUGCAAAAUUUCCAUCAGUCAUGAAGGAAAGAUAUACCACAGUACCAAUACAAUUAGGCUUGUAGUAGAAGAAGAUGCACCAGAGACUGUAACUUUGGAGAUAGUUGGACGCGAUGAAGAAAUUCAGACAGAAAUAGGUAAAGAAGAGACACUCAACUGCACAGGUUUCUUGGGUUAUUAUAUGCAAGAAGAUGCCAGCCUCUACUGGUGGUUUAAUGAUACGUUUCCAAAAAAAUGUUCAGGUAUUCCUGAGGCUGACUCUCCAAUAUGUGAAGAAGAGUUAAAAAAAUCACAUUUGGGAAACAAGUUUUAUAUCACAAGGCUUCUACGGAUUAAAAAAGUAAGAGAUGAGGACUUGCAUCACAAUUUCACCUGCAAAUUGCAAGCUGAUGAAAUAACACACAUAAAAGUAGUGAAACUGAAGAAAGGAAACACCCGAGAUCUGCCUGUGCACCUAUUUACAACUGGAAUGAUCCUUGCUGUGCUGUUUCCAUGUGUUGCUGUUGCUGCGGUAGUUGUCUGUGUGAUGUUCAGAGUAGACUUAGUUCUAUUCUACAGGAACAUAAGCCAAAGAGAUGACACUGCUGGAGAUGGAAAAGAAUACGAUGCUUUUGUAUCUUACCUGAAAGACUGUGUUUCUACUAGUAAAGAAGAGAGAGAAUUUGCUUUGAGGAUAUUACCAAUGAUAUUAGAAGAAAACUUUGGGUACAAGUUAUGUAUAUUUGAGAGAGAUGUAUCUCCUGGAGGAGCUGUUGUUGAUGAUAUCCAUUCAUUCAUUGACAAAAGCCGAAGAUUAAUCAUUAUACUGAGCCAGAACUACGUUUCUGACAGAGCCGUAUAUGAACUUGAGAGUGGACUGCAUAAAGCUCUAGUAGAAAGAAAAACAAAGAUUAUAUUAAUUGAAUAUAUGCCUAUAAGUGACUACAAUUUCUUGCCAGAAUCGCUGUCUCUUUUGCCAUCAAAGAGAGUUGUGAGGUGGAAAAAAGAUAAAUCUCUCCCUGUGAAUUCCAGAUUUUGGAAGAACCUUCGGUACCUAAUGCCAGCAAAACCUACCAAGUCAAACACCAAAGGGCACUGUAUGAGUCUAGAUCUAGGCUCAGAAGGAACUCAACCAUGGACUGGAGACUGUGAUUUUAAUACAGUCAUAUAGGAGUUCUGGAGAUGGAAUAUGCUGCAGAAAUUUGCCAGCUUCAAUAAAUUCAAAUAGAAAACACAAACUGCAAUUACUUUUGGGAGACAGUGUUCAUAAGAGUCUGAGAUUUGAGAAGAAUGUAAGAAUCAUCACAGUAGCUAGGAUCAUGUUAACUUCAAUACUAAAUUGUGUCCUGAAGGUGGUUUCCUCAGCAGUCUGCACAAGGAGCUGAACUCUGAUUCCACACCAACCACAUUGCAUAACCGUUUGGUUUCACACUUUCCUACUUGUAGAGUGAUGUUGGUUAAACUUGCAUACUGCUGGUAUUUAGCUGCUUUUGGUUUUGUGUUUCGGUAUUUCCUAAGGAUCCUGCUUGGAAGCAAAACCAAAUGGCUCCUGCUCUAGAGAGUUUGGCAAACAGGCUUUGGAGAACACUGAGCAGAGAAAUCAAGUGGAAGUGGAGAAAGGCGGGGACAGAAGGAGUCAGAUUUAGUCAGGCUGACUGUAUUCACUGCUGAGUAGUGUGCCAAGGUAAAAAGAGACAAGGGAAAAUAGGACUAUGCAUACAUAAAUUAACAGAAGUUCUUAUCGCUCUUAUGGCCCAAAUUUCUGACUUUAACCAAGGCUUAGAAAUGCCUGCUUUCUGUUUGCCAGUCUCUAGAGAAAUUAGGCUACUAGUAAGGCUUUUAUAGACUGUAUUUCUAUUGGUUUUCCUGAUGAUGUUUAUGUCAAUUUAUGAGUGAACUGACAUGAUAGUUGUUUUGAAACAAUGGGUCAUUUCAGUGAUUUCUUUAGCAUUUUUGUACCAUUUUUUCACUUAAUAAAAAUUUAUUUCACCCUCUGUA